AUGCUAGCUGCUCUUGUGGAAAGGUGGUGGCUAGAGACACAUAUGUUUGUAAUGCCAGUGAGUAAGGUUACAGUGACACUGGAGGACGUGUUACACAUAUUCGGCUUACCGAUCGAUGAAGAGGUUGUGACAAGUUGGACCAAUAGCAGUCACGACUUCUUGGUUACCCAAAGCCUCGUGAUAUUCGACAGCGAACCCCAAGUGAGCAGUUCAUCCAAGAGCUACAUAAAUCUUUCAUGGAUUUCUCAUAUUAGAGACACACAACCUUUGAACACAUGGGAGUCUGUUAUGCACUAUGUUAGGUGUCACAUCUUCUGUCUGCUGGUUACUACCCUCUUCGCGGAUAAGUCGACGACAUAUGCCCAUGUAAAGUAUCUACCACUGCUCCAGAAUUUUGAUCAAAUUGGCAAUUACAGUUGGGUUAGCUUGUCUCGUGCACCUUUACAGGUCACUGUGUCAUGCAUCACGAUGGAGUUAUCAUCCACAGACCCGAAAAUGGAUGUCUAUGACUCAGGCGUCUAUUAG